UUUAAGCAUAAAAAGUUCUAUAUUUAUAAUAACAACUAAGAAAAAAUGCAAAUUCAUGCUCGUUCAUGAAUUGAAUAAUUUUAAUGUUUACUAGGUUAAUAAAAGUAUUUUGGAAUGUUUUUGUAAAGAUUAUUCUUACAAUAUAUGUCAACAUGGAAGGAUUUGUUGAAACUUAUUUAACCCACGAUUUCGAUAAUCAAGAGCCCAAAGACAUUCCUGAUACUAACGAGCCUGUAUGGAUUUUAGGAAAGAAAUUCAGUGCAAAAGAUGAAUUGGAGCUAAUAAGAAGAGAAGUACAGUCAAUAAUUUGGUGUACUUAUCGCAGAGGAUUUGUUCCCAUAGGGGAACCAGGUUUGACAACGGACAAAGGCUGGGGAUGCAUGCUUAGGUGUGGGCAAAUGGUACUGGCACAAGCGCUUAUCAAUUUACAUUUAGGAAGAGAUUGGUAUUGGACACCAGAAACAAAAGAUCCCACUUAUCUGCAAAUAGUAACACGUUUUGAAGAAAAAAGACAAGCACCUUUUUCUAUUCACCAAAUCGCUUUAAUGGGCGCAUCUGAGGGUAAAGAAGUUGGAGAAUGGUUUGGCCCUAACACAGUAGCACAAGUAUUGAAAAAACUGCUUAUAUAUGACGCUUGGAGUGAUUUAGUAAUACACGUAGCUCUUGAUAAUAUGGUAGUUAAAAAUGAUAUAUUGGAUCUAUGCAGUUCAGAAGCAUCUUGGAAGCCUUUAUUUUUAAUUAUACCAUUGCGACUAGGUUUAAAUACAGUAAAUCCAAUAUAUGUGGAUAAUCUGAAGACUUGUUUAUCGUUGCCACAAUCUCUUGGUAUUAUUGGAGGAAAAACAAACCAAGCAUUAUAUUUAUUUGGAUAUGUUGGAGAUGAUAUACUAUAUCUAGAUCCUCAUACAACUCAGAAAUCAGGAAGUAUUGAGAAUAAGUUAACAGAAGAACAACAAGAAAUGGAUAAUUCGUACCACUGUAAAUAUGCAUCAAGAAUGCCAAUAUUGAACAUGGAUCCUUCAGUUGCUGUGUGUUUUUUAUGUACAAAUCAAACAGAUUUUGAUUCCUUAUGCAAGGACAUUCAAAAUGAUGUCAGAGAAUACGGACAACAAUCUUUGUUUGAAAUAUGCGAUAAUAAACCAGAGGAAUGGGUAGAAUCUAAUAAAUCUUUAGAAAGUGGAAACGAUCAUGAAAAUAUUAAUAGUUUCAUUAAAGUUAGUAGGAAUUUAGAUUCAGAAGAUGAAUUCGAAUUGCUAGGAUAAGCUU